AUAUUUAGUUGGUAUAAACAAAUAUUUUUUUAUUUACAUGUAUGUACCUCGCAGAAGUAACAUUUUUUGUUACAUAAAACAUUUGAUUGCUGUUAAAAAAUACCUCAACUAAACAGCUCUUUCUGAAGGCAUUAUAUUUUAUUUUGUUUUUAUAAAAAAUGUAUAUGCUUCUGUGAAGUAUAUGUACACUCAAAAAAAUGGUUUUGCAAGUACAGCCACAAUCUUUAGGCUGCAAAAAAUUAACUGAGAUAGAUAAACGAUUAGCAAACACUGUGAUAUUGCAUAUGUUUGAUACUCAUCCAAUCAAAGUAACAGAAACAGAAUUUAUUUCUAAACUGUUAAUGAAAUUAGAAAGAAAAUUUGUUUGUGGCGCCUAUUCAAAAUCAUAUUUAUUAUAAAAUUUGAUUAUAUAAUUGGGCCAAUGAGGCCUACAUUUUGUAGAAGAUAUUGUUAAAUGUUACUGCUAUAAAAUUUGUGUGUGACAAACAAUCCUUUUUAGCAGAUACAAAGAUAGCGAGAAAUCUAACUACAUUACUAAAAUAUUUUUUUUGAGUGUAAAGUAAAAAUAUUUAUUUAGACUAACUAGUUUUGAUCAGGGUACGUUUUAAACAAAUUAUUUAUUACAACAAAACAUUGUUCCUGAUGUGGAAGAACGUACACAUGUAUUCUCUUGAUUGUAACAUAUAAAUUAAAUGAAGAAGAAAAUUAACAGCAUGUUCUAAUUGCAAUUUAAGAAUUAAUCGGAGCAGCAAAUAUCUACUAUACAAAUAUUUUACAGAUAAGAUCAAGUAUUAUCUGUUAACCCCACACUGAUCGUACUUUAUACUUGAAUUUUUCCCGAUAAACUGCAGAAAGUUGUUUGCGAUAUUCUCGAGCGAUUACGGGACUCCGUUUUGCAACGCAGAAAAGCCAACGACGUAUUUGAACAACCGAGAGAACGAGGCUCGAGACUACGCCGCAUCUUUCCGCGUUCCUCGAAUAUCGCGGUUGUAAAACCGGUGAUCGUACUCGGAGCGUGUGUUUACUUGACGAUCACGCACGUCCGAUAAGGAGGUACGGCUUCCGGCGCGGCGUGUGCGGUGCGGCGUGUGCGUCGAAGGUAAACAAUAGGAUCUGCGACGCCGACGUGCGACCGGGAGAGACGGGCGACGAACGGAGAGGAGACGACGAGGUCGAAGAGACGCAUCUAGUUUCGCGCCUAGGAGGCGAGGAGGCGUCGUUCCGGCAACGGCCGUCGAAGGACGAGCGUGGAAACUGACGGAGAGUUCGAGAACGUUGCGGAACAUAACCUCGUCCCGCGGCCACGUUGCGCAAGUAUGCGACCGAUCGUUUCGCGAAAUCGUAUCGCCCGAACCAUGCCGCGAGGAUGAGUGCUGCCGAGCGUUUCGCCACGGGGACGACCGCGACGUGCGAGCGCGAGACACGGACGCCGUCGAACGAGCGCCGAUUCGCACGUGAUCGGUGUCAGCGCGGUGCGGCUGGCACGAGCGAGGACGGAGUAAUGUGCGACAAGUGUGUCAUCGGUUACUGGGUGCCCGAGAAGAAGCGGCAGAAGUUCAACUGGACCGAGUUCGAGAACAUAUGCGAGUCCGAGGGGUUUCGAUUGAAAAUGAUCGAUGUGAAUUUAAACUUUGAGAACCAGGGACCAUUACACGUUUUCAUACACAAGCUGACAGAUAUGCAGUCACAUGCAGAAAGUGGUGAUAAAAAUGCUGAAGACAUUGUUUCGCGUCUUCAGGAAUACAUUGCCAAACAUCCAGAUCUGAUCGUUAUCGAUCCUCUGGACAAUAUUAGGAACUUAGGCAAUCGAUGUAAAUCUUACGAGUUUAUACAAGAAGGCAUUCGGUUUAAAGAUAUAUUUACUCCAAACUUUGUAGAAAUCAAAAGUAGAAAUGUCCAUGAAAUAGCAUCAACGUUAAAAAAGCAUGAUAUUAAAUAUCCAUUUGUUUGUAAGCCACUUAUUGCGUAUGGUUCGAACGACGCGCACAAGAUGAUGAUUAUCUUUAAUGAAAAGGACUUGAAAGACUGUCAACUAUCUUGCGUCGCUCAGGAUUUCAUUAAUCAUAACGCUAUUUUAUAUAAGUUAUUCGUCGUGGGUGAUCGUUUCCAUGUGGUCGAGCGCCCUAGUUUUAAAAACUUUUACCAAGAAGACUGUAAUUCAUUGAAUACAAUAUUCUUUAACUCGCAUGAUAUAUCGAAAAGCGGGAGUAGAUCAAAGUGGACUAUAUUGUCCGAAGAAGACAUUCCUUUAACUGUAAAGCCAAAUUAUCAAAUAUUCGAAACAAUUGUUAAAAAUAUUCGAGAGAUAUUUGGUCUCACUCUAGUUGGAAUAGAUGUCGUAAUUGAAAAUCACACUGGGAAGUAUGCGAUAAUAGAUGUCAAUGUGUUUCCCGGAUACGACGGCUAUCCGAAUUUUUUUGAACAUUUAAUAGAUAAUAUUAAGAAGUUGUUGAUGGAACGAGGAGCUUACAGACAAAGCUUCAAGGGUUGCACGUUGAAAAAAUGUCAGAGCGACGAUCUAGACUCUGGUUUUGAGAGUGACGAGAAGAGAAAAUGUUCCACAAAAUGAACAUAUAACAUGUGAUGGAUAAUGUUAAUUUUAGACGAAACUAAGCUGUACUAGUAUUAAUCGCGGCUGUAGCAUCACUAUCGUUGGAUCAUUGUUAUUUUGUAUUCGUCUUCUAUUUUUCUAACGAAAUUCGGCUCUCUUAUAACUUCUCGCGCAUUUUAUUCUGUAUGGGUAUGAUAAUUUUUGAUAUUGAGUUUACAAAGUAUAAAUCAUGCUUGGCACAUACAUUAUUUCGUAGACACGUACGAAAUACGAGUAUUUAAAUUUCUCGCAAGUCCUAUAUUUUGUAAUAAAUCCCACAGUACAACAUGACUACGACUGCCAGAGAAGAUAUUUUGUACAUUUUACGUGUAUACAAUUUUGCAUUUCUGCGACGAUGUUAUAUAUGCCUGUGAGUUGUUGAAAAUAUCAAGUACAUAUACUGAAAAGUAUGCGAUAAAUUAUAUAAACGUAGGAACAAUCGGGAUAAUCGCAACAAUGUGAACAGAGUACUUUCAAUACUUUCAAUAUUUAUAAAUUAUUAGUAGUUAGACUUUUUAAUGUUGUUUUUUAUAAUCUUGUUCAUAGAAAAUAUGAUUUAUUUAUUGUUUCUGUUGCGAUUAUAUUGAUUGAUUUGAAAUGUCACAAACAUUAAUGUACAAGUUUUUUCAUUUGGAGUAUCCAUCUUAAAUGUUUUAAUUUAUUUCUCACAGUUUAAGAAGAAAUAUUUCGAAGAUAAGUUUUUAUAAUUUCUUAAGAAAAAUAUAUACUAGGACAUUUUUUUAAAGUUACAAAUUAGUAUCCCUGAAACUAUGUAUUAAAAAAAUAUUUCAUACAAAUGUUUGAUUCGAAGAGGAACAAAUAAUGAUAAAAUUAAUUAAAAAAAAGUUUUUCAAUUUAUAUGAAUGUCGUCAGUUGAUUUUUUUUACAUGAUUCCUCUAAUUAUUUCGCGUAUAAAAGUAGAGUCAUCAACAAAUCAAUACAAUAAUUUUUGUUCUUUGUGUCGUAUUUUUACUUUAAAGAUGUGGAACUAUUAUUUAAAAUAUUUUCUUUCAAAAUGAGAAAUGUUUAAAAUAUUCAAGGUGGUCGUUCAACAUGGGGCAACUUGUAUUUAUAUAAGUUCGGAGAUUCCUGUAAUAUAUUUUCACUUAGUUUCGUUGUAUAAUAUGAAUGGAGUUUUACUUAUUUAUAUGUAUAUAUUUUAUAUGAAUAAAUUGUACACAGAGAAGCAAAGCAAAAAAUUACAUAAGUCUGCUGCGACUUGAAAAAAGUGAUAAUCUUGAUAUAAAUAGUGAUUUAUGAUUCACAAUAAAAUCUAUAUCUAUUUUUCAUGAAAAAUGAUGUUUUAACGCAUGAAUUGCACAAAUUGGAGCAUAUCCAAUAUUUAAAAAUUCGUGUGUCGAUUGUGUGUUAGUAUCUUAAAAUAUGUAUGUUUAAUCAAGGAAGGAAUGGUUCUCAGUGAGCUUGAUUCUUUUACAAGUAUAAAAUCAAAUGAAAUCUAUUCUUUUCAGCUGAACUUUUUGCAUCAUUCAUCUUUUCUUUUUUCUGUCUAUGUUGGAAAGAAAAAAAUGGGAAAGAUGAACUAUGCAAGAAGUUCAGCUGAAAAUAAUAGACAUGCCUUAAAUUUUCUGUUCACAGGGAAAGUUUGAGUGCGUCGUGAAAUUGAAAAAAGAUAGGGUAUUAUCUAAGAACUUUUAGUCUAAGUUAUGUGACAAGAUUAUUUUCAAUAAAUUAAAAAAAAAAUGAAACAAA